AUGGCGUCUCCGAGCCCGUCACCUGGCCCUUUCAACUGGUUCCUCGCCAUUGGCGCGACACCAGAGGCCGUUGCCACUCUUAAUGACCAGCCGAUCCUGUUCACGAUUCUUAUUAUCGUCCUUAUCGCCAUGAUCCUUCAAUGCGUCCUGCUUUGGUACAUCCACUACGCCACCAUGAAGCCCGAACAAAGGGAAGCGAAGAAGAAAAAGAAGGAGGUGAAGCAGUCUGAAAAGAAAUAA